CAUCUCUCUCUCUCGGUCGGACUCAGUAUAUCUCCAUCAGCUGCCGCCGAGAUGUCGACUCCAGAUGCAGCCAGUUCUCCCGGGGGCCCGGUGGGUGAGGGGGGCCCCCCGGCUCCGGCCCCGAAUCUCACCAGCAACAGACGACUGCAGCAGACACAAGCACAAGUGGACGAGGUGGUGGACAUCAUGCGUGUGAACGUGGACAAGGUCCUGGAGCGGGACCAGAAGCUGUCGGAGCUGGACGACCGGGCCGACGCCCUGCAGGCCGGAGCCUCGCAGUUCGAGAGCAGCGCCGCCAAACUCAAGAACAAGUACUGGUGGAAAAACUGCAAGAUGAUGAUCAUCAUGGCAGUUAUAGGUGUUAUAUGUUGUGGAGUCAUCUUCUUGUACUUCUUCUACUGAGCUGGUCUUCAGGGAUGGACACGCACGAGUCGCCGGACCGGAGUCUGCACCUGCACCCCCGCCGCCGCCGCCGCCGCCACCUCUCCUGCUCUUCAUCCUCCUCUUCCUCAGAUAAAACCCUCCAUGCUCGGUCUGUGAUGUGCUCCAGUGCCUCCUUUUCUUCUCUGCUCCUGUUGGGAAAACGUCUCCUGGGUGGGCGCAAUAUCUAUUUUUGGGUUCCCUGCAUCGGGACAGCUUACUACAUUAGGAGUUAAGUUAAGAAAAAGUCAACUAAAAGGGACUUUUUCCUUCCUUUGGGUGCUGUGUCAAAGAGGAAGUCACAUUUCUUGCAGCCAAACAGAAAGGCCGUUACUAAAUCCUACACACUGCUCCUUUAAGCAAAUUAAUGAUUGUAGUUACUAUUUAUGUUUUGACAGUGUUCAACAUUAAUCUGGUUCUAAAUCUAUCGACAGCGAACUAUAACAUCACUAAACAGUAUUUAAACCCUAGUUAAUGGUUUCCUGUUUCUUUUCCUAUCUCUCCAGCUGUGUUGUAUUAGUCCGGUAUUGUUGAGGACAGCUGCCCCCUGUCUGUCAGUAUUGGUACUGCUGCUGAUUUAUUACUGUAACAGUUGUGCUGCAGGAACCUGGUCCUGGUUUUAUUUCCAUCAUCCUGAACCAACCUGACUUGUGUUUUGUGUGUUUCAGCUGCGGUUCGAGUGUUUCCGUGUUCUGCUUGAAUGAGAACUCCUCUGUAUAGUUUUGAGGCAUUUUUAUGAAUGAAAACAGUGAGACUGUAGACUGCAGAUAUUAGAAGGUUUUGGUUUUUGAACUAAAAGAGAAAUAAUGUGAUUAGGUGUUGGGAUAUCAAAGGAGGAGUGACAUUUAAAGAGUACAAGGAAGGUUGUUUUGAUUUUUUUCUGGCCUGGAAUUUCAAAUAAAUUCAUGUUUGCAACAGAAA